ACGGACGUCCAGCAGCUGUUGGUGGUUAAAGAAGAGGUUCCCCCUGAGCAGCAGGAGUGGAGCUCCAGUGUGGACCAGGAGGACCCAGAGCCCCCACACAUUAAAGAGGAACAGGAGGAACUCUGGAUCAGUCAGGAGGGAGAGCAGCUUCAAGGGCUGGAGGAGGCCGAUAUUCCCGAGUUCCCUUUUACUAUUGUCCCUGUGGAGAGUGAAGAUGAAGAGGAGGAACCUCAGACCUCACAGCUUCAUCAAAGACUCAUUGAGCAGAUGGGAACAGAAGCUGAUGGAGAGGACUGUGGAGGACCAGAACCAGCCAGGAACUCAGAUCCAGAUACACAUUUACAACCUGAGACUGAUGACAGUGACGAUGAUUGGACAGAGACCAGAGAGUAUCAGUCAGGUUUUAACUUUCUGGAAAGUUAUGAAGUCCCCGUAAGUGAUUCACGUGUUAAUUUGAAACCAUUUCGCUGCUCUGAGUGUGGGAGAAGAUUUGGUCACAGCGGGAAUCUGAAGACACACAUGAGGACGCAUACAGGAGAGAAACCAUUCAGCUGCUCUGUGUGUGGGAAAAAAUUUGCAGAAAGUGGAAAUCUGAAGAUACACAUGAGAAUUCAUACAGGGGAGAAACCGUUUUGCUGCUCUGAGUGUGGGAAAAGAUUUUACCACAAGACACACCUGAAGAGACACAUGAUCACUCACACAGGGGAAAAACCUUUCAGCUGCCUAGUUUGUAAGAAAUCAUUCACACAGAGUGGAAAUUUGUACACUCACAUGCGAAGCCACACAGAUGAAACACCAUUUGGCUGCUCUGAGUAUGGGAAGAGAUUGGGCCCCAGGACACAUCUGAAGCAAGACAGCAGCUCUGAUACAGGAGAAAAACCUUUCAGUUGCCCAGCUGAGAAAUCUUUUUCAGUGAGUGAACAUUUACAGACACACAUGAUGAUCCACACAGCAGAGACACCAUUCAGCUGCAGUGUUUGUGACCAAAGAUUCACUUGGCCUCAUCAACUCAGAGACCAUCAGUGUGAUAUUCAUCAGUCUGAUCGGACUCAUGAAAGUCGGACUGAGGAGAAGGGAGAGGCAGAGCCUCCAGCCAGCAGCUCAGCUGAACAGAUGGAAACAGAAGCAGACCGAGAGGACUGUGGAGGACCAGAACCAGCCAGGAGCUCAGAUCCAGAAGCAUAUUUACAGCCUGAGACUGAUGACAAGGCUGGAGAGUCUUCUGAACUUGAGACUGAACACUGAUGGUGGUUGUACGCAGACCGAUGAACCUCAGUUAUGUAUAAACCCAUUUAAAAAUGAUGAAGUCCCAUUCUGUCUUAUGACACUUACUACUGGCUAAAAAACUGAAAUUGCUCUGAGUGUUGUAAGAGAUUUGUCUGCUGGAGUCUGAAGGAACACAAGAAUUCAUACAGGAAAGAGACCAUUGAGUUGCUCAGUGUAUGAGCUUGAGCUGGUUUGAUUAUAUGCAAACUGGCUUAAUCGGCUUUUGUCAUUUCAACAUAACCCGACCAAUUAAACAGUAGCUUACACAAGCAACCAGUGUUGACGGCGUCACGUCGCUAAGUCCAACUUGUACUGUACUAGUAAUAAGCAAUAAAACAACUUUCUUAACAUAAUAUUAAGUGUAUAAACAGACUAACAGAGCCACAAGAGUCCAGCAAGCCAUGCACAAUUUACUGCCGAACCCAGGCUGGUGUUGGUAACAUGAAGGAGAUUGAAUUUCAGAAGAGGUGGGACGGACAGAGCAGCGCACACUGUUUGUUUAUAGGAGAGUUCAUGUGUUUUUUGAGUGAUGAGAGGAUACAUGACAGAGUUGGUCUCAAGAAAUUUAGAACUGCGCCAGUAUCGCCCCGUUUCCACCAAACACUUUCAGUAUGGUACCUUUGGAACCAGCAGUAACCCUUCAGACAUGGUACCUAGACCCUCGGUCUGUUCAUACAGUCCUCUUAAAUGUGGGCGGGGUUGUUGUCACUCACUGCUCCGUCCAGCACUCGCUGUAUUUCCUCAUCAGUACCUGGUUUAUCGUCCACAGAACGAAGCUGCACGCCCACAUUUUCAGAACAAAACAGAACAGGCUGCAGUGAGAGUCUCUCUCCAUGGGAUAUUUAAAAAUAGCAGCUUUGUGCAUUUAGUCCUUCUCAGGCAAGCUCAGGGGUUUAGUGUCGCUGUAGCCCACAGGAACAACACUCUACAGCGCUUUUUUUUUUCUCCGAGUGAGGAUUAGAAUAUAUGCAGUACACGAAACUAAUAUGAUUAAUAUAUACAAACACUUGAAGAUCCACUCAUUACUAAAAGUGUGUGUCAUAUAAAAACUAAAGUGAUGGUCAAAGUUGUCACAGUGAAAUUUAAGGUGUGCUGAUGGAUUCACGUCAUCAACUCAUGCAUUGAGUAACAUUACAAGUUAACGUUCCACCUUAAAAGUUGCCGGCAGUCGGCCCAGUGAAUGAAGUUAUUUUUUCUCAGUCUACAGCUUUGAGAAAGCUAGUCAACACAGCGUAUUGUGUUCACAGCUCCACCUUUUAGUACCAGAUCUGUGUGCUAGGUACCCCAACAGAGGGGGGACCAAACAUGGGGACGUUAGGGAACAGGUCCAUUGGUACCAUCCACAACUUUUCACUGUGGAAAAAGAAAAAAAGCGCACCGAGCUGAACUGAACCACACUGCUCGGUGGAAACGGGGCGUAUGGAUUUGGAGCUGACGAGGUGUCUAAGCUGGCUGCACAUGACGAGCUGAACUUUCAUUAGAUGCUGCGUUGCUCGCUUUGAAAGCACUACAAUAGAUGAAGAACGGCUGAUUCAUGAAGUUGAAAUGAGGAAUUAUCUCCAAGAUGCCUUCUCAUUUCACCACAGAAACAUAGCUGAACGUUUCUGGUAAACUAAAACACUAUUGCUAAAAACAAGCAAUGCUACUUGCAGUUAGCUAUACUGUAUGCCAUUUCGAGUAAAUGUCUCGGUAUCAGAUGUGUUUUUUGGUUUAAAAGGUGAUGUUACAAAUGAGGGAAGAUAGCAAGUAAGCUACUCACCAAUCUGUGAAGUGGUGAGGUCUCCAGUCUGAUCUCGAGGACACAGCUGAUAGUUAUGUGUUUAACAGAAGUGCACAUUCAAUGGAUGCAGUGUGGACAGAGAUCUCCGAUAUUACGCCAUGCUAUGCGAUAGUGAGACACUAGUUUGCUGAUAGGACACAAUGUUGUUAUGCUCCACUCAGGAGCAGUGUUUGGCUUAACAUCAGACCGGUUUAAAAACGUCCACACCAGCCCAAUGCUAUUUGUGGUGCAAGAUUCCCUUGGAAGGAAAACAUUGUUCGUCACAUGAGAUUUGGUUUCAGCUGCUCAGUUUGUAAGAAACACUCCAGACUGAAUGACCACACUGUGACACACAUAUGGGAACCCACAUUGGAGAGAAACCCUUCAGCUGCUCAGUGUGGGGAAAAGUUUUAAACAAAAAAUUUGAAAAUUAACGGCAGCGGCAGUACAACUACCGGUUCAGCUGGAACUUUGAGCAGCGAUGAAACUCUGGAGCGACAGGUGAGUUGAAACAGUUGUGGACAUGUUUGAAAUGAGAACAGUUUUCUUUUGCUGUGAGCAAACAACAUUAGGAGUUGGGUAUUGUUUCGCUCCAGAUAUCAAUCCUGGUUCUUACUGGUGUCUGGUAACGGUUCUCCAACUAUUUUUAUAGUACGACAUGAGACGAAUCUCCUUAUCAACUUUAAAUUCAGUCAUUCAGUGUUCACUGGUUUAUUAAACUGCUUUAUUUAAGAUAAUCUUGAGUGACAAAUUUGAUGUGAUCUCUGUUUGUUUAUCUGGUGAUAUGUUUAUGUUUUGACUGAUGGAUGUGAUUUUAUAUGAAACUGUGAUGAACUCUAAUAGACUCUACGUGUUGUAUAUAUUGAUCUGUGUGGGGCAUAUCUACAACAUAGAGAAGUGAAUAUCCUCCGCUGCAUGGCCCGUUUUCUUUUUUCAUUUAUAGAUGGCCGAGUGAUUAAUUUUUAUUGAAAUGUGAAAUACAAGGAGCCCCGUAUGAACGCAUCUCCACAGCUGGCAGCGCUCCUGUAUAACGUUAAACUGUUUAAAAGAACAAAACUUGAACAUUAACUUUGCCUUUGUUUGAAACUUAAGAAAAGGGAAACAGUAUGUCGUCUGGAUGUGGCUCAAUGUUUUCUCUACGCUCUGAAAAUGUAACAAAAUAUGUUUUUCUGUAAACUGAGUGGCUUGAAUAUGUAAAAAAUGAAGUGUUUCCCAGACUGAUAGAGCUGAAUAAAGGCAACAGAACUGAACGACUUAAUGACAUUUUAACAGAAACCG